UUCGAAGCCACUCAAACAUGGCUGACAGUCGUUGGCGGCCAAACUUUAGUAAACGAAAACACAAUUUUAUCCAAAAUGAUGCAGAAAUAAUUCCCAGUGGCUCCUCGGAGACAAACAAUGCGUCAAAGAAGACUAAAAUAUCCAGCAGGUUGUGGAUCGGCAUGGUGGAACACGAAGGACCUUUCCGCUGCGGAGCAUCUGUGGGCCCUGACUCUGAGGUCUGCUAUCCCGUACUUGGAUGACCAGCAUUGGGAACAAGUUCCUGAUCUUCCACCUCCAUCUGUAGUAGAAGGCUCAUUGCAACGUUUACAUGAACAUCGCUGGUGCGACCUCAGCGCUGAGUCGCUCCCCUUCCCUGAGCCACGUCCACCUCAAAGUCCAGAUCACGUGUCUCCCCAACACAUCCGACCCGCACGGGACACAGCUGACUCAUCACCUGGUCAGGAGCAGAAAGUGUGCGUGGACGCAAGCUCUGAUGAAGAUCAGUCAUCAAAGGAGUGGGAAGAAGAAGAGGGACUAAAAGGAGGCAGAGAGGAGAAGAUGGAGACUCCUGCCAUGGUCUCAGAACGUAACCCCCGGGAGAAAGAAGAAGGAGCCAGAGAGGAGCUGAAGGGGACUAAAGAUGACGUAAAGGUGAAGUGCAGUGAGGUGCUGAGGAGCUGCCCUAUGUGCCUGCAGGUCUUCCCUGUCAGCUUCUCCCUGAUGGACUGCGAUGGCCACCUGGCUCAGUGUCUGUCAGACAUGAACGUGGACAUGGCCUGGUGACUUGGGGCAAGACCACGUGGCCACGUUUCAGGAUACCAGUGAGUGCUAGCAGAACCAAAAUAACAAGAACUUGGCGCUUUUCUCCAGUCGGAAGUGACACGCAUGAUGGAAAUGUUCUUGUUCAUACUUUGAACUUAUCUCACUUUUGAAGUGCCUUUUGAGUGCGGUCAUGUGACUGAUUAGGGAAACAGAGUCAUGUGACAGAAGUCUCUCUAGCCAGCCAGUGAUCAAUAGAUUAUAAAUUAGGGCUGGGCGAUAAAAUGAUAUCAAUAUAUAUUGCAAUAGACACGUAAUCUGUAUCAAUAAAAAAUGCGUUCAAUAUUUUGUUUAUUUUUUGUCGUAAGAACGCGGAAGUAUGGAAGCAAGGUUGGUUGCAUGCAAUUGCUCUCUGGUAACCGAGCGACACAGGAAGUGAUCACUGAUCAGUGGGAGUGACACGCUAACAGCCAAUCAGGUGACAGUCAAGUUUGGUUGCACCUUAGCUCACCCUUUAGAGCACAGCUGUAACUUCCUGCCACUAAACCUGCAGAAAAUAGUUCUUCUCGGGUUUACAUUUUCAUACUUUGCACUAUUUUCUCACACUUUAUGAAGCAUUUCUUACAUAUUCCUUCAUUUUAAUAGCAUAUUGUUAAGUGUUCAAAGUCAUUUUACUAUUUUGUUUACAUUGUUGGAGUUUUUUUCCAUGCUUGUGUUGACAUUUCCUUUCUGCCUUGAUAGCUGAGGGAUUAUAAUCAGAGGAAGUUACAUUUGAAAUUUAAUAUAUUUUUUUCCUGCUCCUUAUUUGACAUAAUUGAUAAAAACAUUCAAUAAUUAUUGAUAUAAUCAUAAUAUUUAAAUAAUUACUGCAUAACACAAAUUCAUUUCCAUAGUUAAAAAUAACAGGGCAAAUUAAUGUUACACAGCCAUUAUUUCCAUGCUGUAAACCUGCAGAAAAUAGUUAACAUUUCCACACUUUGCACUAUUUUCUUACACUUUAUGAAACAUGUCUUACAUAUUCCUUAUUUUUAAAAGCUUAUUGUUGAGUGUUCAAUAUGAUUGUACUAUUUUGUUUACUCUGAUUGUUUUCCACGCUUAUGGUGACAUUUCUGCCUUGAUAGCUGAGGGCAAUAUAAUCAGAGGAAGUUUACAUUUUAAAUAAAAUGUAUUUUCCUCAUGGUUUUUAUUUCCGAUAAGUCAUACAAAUUGCAAUAAUUAUCGAUAUAGACCGAUAUAAAACACCUAUAUCCUGAUACAGCCCAGCCCUAUUAUUAAUACAGUAAUGUAGUACCACAUGUACAUGUGUAAAUAAUAUUACUUAUUUUAAAUAAAUAAAUACAAUUUUUUUUAGCAUUUUUAAUGCCUUAAAAGACGAUAAUGAAGGCUGUCAAAU